AUGCUGCUGCGUCCGCGCACACGCGCGCGCCCGCCCGCCCGCCCGCCGCGAGGCCUCCGCGGAGCACCGGCCCGCCCGGGGCACGCAGGCCGCCGUCCCCGGAGCCCGCGCCUAAAAGGCUCUCCCCGCGCCCGUCCCGCGGCCCCGAAGCCGGGCGCCGCCCCUCAUGUCCCUGCAGCGACGGCUGAGGAAGUCGGACCCCCCUCGGGGAGCGAGCCGCUGCGCCGGGGCCCCGGGUCCGGCUCGGCCGCUCCUCCGCGUGGCCCGCCGGCGCCCAGACCCGUGCUGCGGAGCGCGCGGGGACGGCCGGGCGGGCAGCUCGGGCCGGCGGCAGGCGAGGUCCCGAGCGUUCCGCGUCUGCCCCUCGCGCCGCCCGCCCGCAACCUACCCCGUCCGCGCCGCCCGCGCUCCGAUUGGGCGCGGCGGGGACCCUCGGGCUCUGAUUGGUGGCGCCGAGCGCUCGUCACGGCCCGCGCCCGCCCUGACGCGCCUGCGCCGCGGCACCGGCAGCAAGGAAUGCGGACAGGCCUCCCCAACCGGCCGGCCUCGCGCGGGGAACGACCUAGCUAACGUGGUUUCGAGCGACAGUGAGGUACCACCCCGCACCCGACCGACCUCAUAAAGACGACGCGUGG